AGUUCUUAUACAGUUUGAGGUAUACAUCUUUAAAUCUUGACUUCAGUGGUAGAAAAGACUUGCCACUGUCCCGUGAACUUUUUCAACACUGUUGUUUUUGGACAUUGUGGACAUGUAAAAGCUUUCCACAGCAGAGGUCAUGCGAGAGUCGAGGCUUUCUGGUGUUCAGUUUCAGUCUGAAGAAGCCAGCAGGCGGAGCGGAUCAAGAAAGGACAGGAGGGCGGGUCGAACGGGGAGGAGUACCGGGAAUGUCAGUGGAUCCUCGCGGUGAGAGGAGGCGGCGACGCACCUGGGGAAUUACACGAACAAGCAAAUCUGUAGUUGCCUCUUUAAUGGAGGCUUCAACGAAGAAUUGCAUGCGUUAAGUUUGAGCUGACUUUUUGAAAAUGUACACGACGGAGCGCAGGCGAAUGAGCCUGCACGAGAUCAAGAGGAAAGACCCGGUUUGGGUGUCAGCUGGGAGUUUGUGGCAGGACGCGCUGGCUGUAGACCUGAACGGCGGUAAACAUAUCGUCUCUCCUCGUAGUCGGACCAGAGCUGUCUCCGUGGCAUACAUCGUGAACGAGGACGCGUCCGUGCCACAGACUGAGGAGAACCUAUCCCUGAAAUGUCUGAAGGAAGCCUGUGCGGAUGCGCACGCUGCUUUCAAAACCAUUUCAUUCGAGAGGAUCUCCAUGGGCACCACAGACAUCCUAGAUAGUUUCUACAACGCAGAUGUAGCAGUGGUGGAGAUGAGUGACUCUUUCUGCCAGCCUUCCCUUUUCUAUCACCUCGGAGUGAGGGAAAGUUUCAGCAUGACCAAUAACAUAAUACUGUACUGUUACAAGAAAGAUAGUGAUCUGCAGGCUGUCAAGGAGCAGUGUGGAAGCUACACGCUGAUCCCGUACGUGGUGUCACCCCAGGGCAAAGUGUUUGCCUGUGAUGCCACCAUAAUGACCGGCAUCAAAGACUUGAUGCAACCCAGUUUCCAGCUGGAGCCUCUGCUGACCCCACUGGUGGAGAGACUGGUGCACCUACUGAACAAUGUCCACGUCCACACCAGUGAGUAUUUCCGGGAGUCGAUCAGGUAUGAGAUUCGUACAGCUCGGGAGCGGUUUAGCGGUCAGGCCCUGAGCGAUGAGCUGAGCCGGAUACAGAAGAGGCUGGAUAGUGUGGAGCUGCUCACACCUGAUAUAGUCAUGAACCUGCUGCUGUCCUACAGGGACAUUCAGGACUAUGACUCCAUUAUCAAACUGGUGGAGACUCUGAACGACCUACCCAUGUGCGUGGUGGGGAAACAUCAGAAUAUCAAGUUUCAUUAUAUAUUUGCUCUGAACAGGAGGAAUCAUCCAGGAGAUCGACUCAAAGCGUUGGAGGCUAUACUUCCUAUUGUGGAGUCAGGGGGCAAGGUUGCGUCAGACGUCUACUGCCUGUGUGGACGUAUUUACAAAGACAUGUUCAUGAGCUCUAGCUUCAAGGAUGUGCGCAGCCGAGACCAGGCCUGCUACUGGUAUGGGAAAGCGUUCGAGACGGAGCCAACUCUUCACUCAGGCAUCAACAACGUGGUCCUCUUGAUGGCUGCUGGACAUGAAUUUGACACUUCUAUUGAGCUUCGCAAAAUUGGUGUGACUCUGAGCACCCUGCUGGGUCGAAAGGGCAGUCUGGAGAAGAUGAAGGACUACUGGGACGUUGGUUUCUACAUCGGAGCAAACAUCCUCGCUAAUGAGCACAAGAAAGUCAUUGAAGGAUCUGAGAGGCUGUACAGGCUCAACGCCCCAAUCUGGUAUGUGGCAUCCAUCAUGGAGACUUUCAUCCUGUACCGUCAAUUUGCGAAACCCUGUGAGGUGAAAACCCCCAAACAGGAGUUUGUGGAAUUCUGGAUGGAGCUGCUUCUGCAGACCUGCAAACCCACUGUGUCCACAGACCGCUGCCCGGUGCUUAUUCUGGAGCCGAGUAAAGUCCUCCAGCCAGCUAUUGUGUGUGUGAGUGAGGAGGAUGAAAGUCGCACCGUCCAGUUGAAACACAUCACACCCUUAAAGAAAGGCUUACACCAGUGGACUUUCCCAGCCUCUGCAAUCCGGGGAGUGAGCGCUUCAAAGAUUGACGAGCGGAGCUGCUUCCUGUAUGUCCACUAUAACUCAGAUGACUUCCAGCUCUGCUUCCCUUCCGAGCUUCACUGUAAAGGUUUCUGCGAGCUGGUAAACUCCCUACUCCUGCAAGCUGAGGACUCCGCUCAGAGCCUGGACCAUCUGAGUGAGGGGAUACUUGAGUACAUCUACGAGACCAACGAGAGAGGAGACAAGGUCAUUCUGGGCAAAGGCACGUACGGCGUGGUGUAUGCAGGGAGGGACCUGAGCAACCAAGUCCGUAUCGCCAUCAAGGAAAUCCCUGAGAAGGACAGCACGUACUCCCAGCCCCUCCACGAGGAGAUCGCUCUGCACAAAAGGCUCAAACACAGAAACAUCGUUCAGUACCUGGGCUCUGUUAGUCAAGAUGGUUUCAUCAAGAUCUUCAUGGAGGAAGUACCUGGAGGGAGUUUGUCUUCUCUCCUGCGCUCCAAAUGGGGUCCUCUGAAAGACAACGAGGCCACCAUCAUCUUCUACACCAAACAGAUCCUGGAGGGACUCAAAUACCUUCAUGACAAUCAGAUCGUCCACAGAGACAUAAAGGGUGACAACGUCCUCAUCAACACUUACAGCGGAGUCCUGAAGAUCUCUGACUUUGGUACCUCCAAACGAUUAGCAGGGAUCAACCCGUGCACUGAAACAUUUGCUGGAACUCUCCAGUACAUGGCCCCAGAGAUCAUAGAUCAAGGGCCUCGGGGUUAUGGGAAGCCGGCUGAUAUCUGGUCCCUUGGGUGCACUAUCAUAGAAAUGGCAACAGGCAAACCACCCUUCCAUGAGCUUGGAAGUCCACAGGCGGCCAUGUUCAAGGUGGGCAUGUUUAAGAUCCACCCAAAGGUUCCAGAGUGCAUGUCAGACGAAGCAAAGGGCUUCAUCAUGAACUCGUUUGAGCCAAACCCUGAUGACAGAGCCACUGCCACUGAGCUGCUGAAUGACACCUUCCUCAGGUCAUCCCCCAGAAAGAAGGCUAAAGCUCCACAGGAAGCAGAACCAAAAGACUACCUCACUGCAGGCGACUAUCAACGCAGCCUUUCUGUACCGAUCUCCAUCCUCGUGGAGGACACCGAUUCAUACUCAGGUUCAAUCGACCUGUCCUGUUCCCUGGACUUCAGGAGACCUCACUCCGCCCUCAUGGCAAACGAGAUCUCAGAGAGCCCACCGAGUGCCAGCAGCUUCCUGUCUAUACCAGAGGACUCUCCAUUAGAGAUGUGUAGUCCGUCCUCAACAGGGGAGAGUGUUGGUCUCUUCAUGCUCAGGAAGGACAGUGAGAGGAGAGCCACGCUGCACCGAGUCCUCACUGACUACAUCAGUCUGGUUGUCUUUAACAUUCAGGACUCAGUGCCUCAGCACGGAGAGGGAUCACAACUCACCGCAGACCACAUCACUCAGCUCAUUCAAUGCUUGCGAGACAACAUCCGCUCCCCAGACAGGAAGCAGCUGACCAGCAGCCUGCUGGACCUCCGAACGACACUGACCACUGCUGCAGUACCCAUGAACAGCCUGCAGGUGGUGCUGUUCAGCUUUCAAGAUGCAGUGAAGAAGGUGUUGAGGCAGCAGCAGGUGAAACCUCACUGGAUGUUUGCUCUGGACAACCUGCUGAGACAGGCAGUGCAGGACGCCAUCACUGUGCUGCUUCCAGAGCUGAAAAUCCAGCUGCAGUCCUCAUUCGAGGUUGAGGACAGCACUUCUGAGGAGCAGUCUGCUGACCCUGACACUCCUGUAGCUACUGAUCCCGACCAGCAGGUGGCACCAGCAGACUCCCAGCAGACAGCCACGAUAUAUGAGUUCCUUCCUACAGAUAGCCCAAACUCCCCGUCAGACCUCACCCUCAACUCCAACUGUCCCCUCAGCGAGAAACUAAAAGACCUGCGACUGGAGACCAGACGACUGCUGAGUCAGCUGAAUGAGAAGGAGAGGGAGUACCAGGAGCUGCUGAAGAACUCUGUGCAGAGGAAACAGGAACAGAUAGAUACUCUGAGGAAAGCAGCCGUCGCUGAAGAUGGAGAAUUAGCUCUACAGAAAAGCUCGAAUCCGGAGGUUAAGACUUUGGUGCGCUGGCUGAAGUCUGUCCCUGUGGAUCAAGACACUAUCGACAAGUUGCUCUGUCACGGGUUCACCUUCGACUGCCUCCUCCACAUAGCCUCCAGGGAUGACUUGAUGUACUGUGGAAUUAGAGGUGGCAUGCUGUGUCGAGUCUGGGCGGCCAUCACAGCUCGCAGGAAGAAACAGCUCAGCACUCACAAUGAAGACAGUGAGGACACUACGCUCUAAUGACUGCUGAUGUUGUGCAUCAAAGGACAGAUUCACCGACAGGCCGGUCCUGUUGGAGGAAGUGAGAUGGACAUAACUGACUUUGAUGGAAAGCAGGAUACGUAACAGUUACCUUGUUGACCUGUGAAUGUGUUUCUUUAACGUUACUGAUCAGUUCUUCCUUUUUCUGUGCCUGCAAAGUAGGAAAAGUUGUCUUUCAAGCUUUGUCUUGCCAGAGUUUCAUUUCAUGAUUUCUCAGGGCUUUUUAAAGCAGGACUAUAAAUGUCUGCAGUUUUUUCUGCAAACAAACAUUUUAAAGCUUUUUCUGUGGUGCCUCCUAAAGAUGCUUUUAUAUGUUUUACCAAAAACUUAGCAGGAUCUAAGUUCAUAAGGGUUACUGUAUUUCAGAUGAAUGUCUGCACUCUGGAAGAAAACAGAUGUUACUUUAUAUCCUGUCAAAACUGAUUCAGAUAAUAAACAGGAACUUUAAAUCUCUCA